AUGGCCAAGCAGCUGGCCAUCAGGAUGCCCAAGCACACUGACCUGGUGCUCGGCAUGAUGCUGGAGCUGCCGGAGGGCCCUGCAGAUAGCAUCAUACAAAAAGCAUCUCAGAGUGGAUACUCUGGCUCGGCGGAGUUCAAUCGCAGUGACAAGUACACUUUGCCCUCCCAGCCAACGGAUGAUUCCUUCGCGCCGUUGGAAAACAGAGAGCUUGCGGCAAAGAUUGAAUCUGGUGGAAACGUUGGCUUUGUCGGCACCAGCGGCACCAACUUCGUGCUCAACGGCAAGAUCACGUACUUUAGCGGGUCAAACGAUUACUUUCUCAUCCUCAGGAGCUACCUUUCGGACGACCAAGUCAGGCUCUUCUUCAGGGUGAUGUCUGAGAACGGCAUCGACUUGAUCAGGACUUGGGGCUUCCUGAAUGGCCAGGACGAUCCCUACACUGCUGGCGUCUCUAUACAGCCCUCGAUCGGGGUCUACAACGAGCAGUCACUGCGGCGCCUAGAUCUGAUCUUUGCCGAGGCAAAUUCCAACGGCGUGCGCAUCAUCCUGCCCUUUGUCAACUUCUGGCCCGACCUGGGAGGCAUGCAGUGGUAUGUCACACAGAGUAUUGUGAUGGUGACUCUUGCAUGCAUACUGCAGCUCCUGGGGCGUGGACAUGCUCUGGAGGAGUUCUACACCAGCACCAUAGUCAAGCAGGCGUACAAGAACUACGUGAAGAAGAUUGUGACGCGCGUCAACACUAUCACUGGAGUGGCAUACAUCAAUGACCCCACGGUCUUCGCAUGGGAGCUCGCGAAUGAGCCCCGCUGCAACGACGGCUAUGAAGACAGGAUCGGAGUUCCCCGGACCUCACUCGUGCGCGCAUGGGUCGCUGAAAUGGCCGCCUACAUCCGCAGCCUCGACCCCAACCACAUGAUCACAACCGGAGAGGAGGGAUUCAGCAGCACUGGAGGUCCUGAUUCUGGCUGGCGCAACAAUGGCAUUGUGGGCGUUGAUUUUGGGCGGAAUUUGCAGGACCCUAACAUCGAUUUUGGCACCGUCCACGCCUACCCCGGCAGCUGGGGGAUCCCUGCGGACAGAGUGGCGGAGUUUGCCAACAGCUUCAUCUACAGCCGCGCCCAGAUCGCCAACGCAAUCGGCAAGCCCUUCAUCCUCGAGGAGACCGGCAUGGAUGCAGACGCGUACCCAAUCUACCGUCCAGACUUCUACAAAUACCUCUUCAGCGCAGCGCAGCGCUCGGACGCAAAGGCCAUGAUGCCCUGGGAGCUCGUGCCGUGGCACGUUAAUGCACGGGACAGCGGCGGAUAUGACUUUGGCAUUGACGACGUGUCCUUCGGCCCCGUCUCAGCCGCCAUCGCCUACCAGAAGAGCAGGACGCUCGCAUGCGCGUCCGGGGUAUGCCCGCCAGUGACACCCCCCUGCACCUGCUUUGACAUACCUCCAUCCUCCGACUUCACUUGCCCGCAGCAGGCGGGCUUUUAUCAGCGCGACUGCUCAAGGGUCAAUUUCCUGGGGCCCGGCACAUGCGACGCCAGCUGCGGCCGCUGCAGCCUGUGCUCUGCCACCAGCGGACCCCCUCCUGCCACCAGCGGACCCACCCCUGCCACCAGCGGACCCCCUCCCGCCACCAGCGGACCCCCCCCUGCCACCAGCGGACCCCCUCCCGCCACCAGCGGACCCCUUAAGUGCCAGAUCAACAUCGCGGUGGGCCCUGUGUGGCCAGCGAGCGGCACACAGCAAGGGACAGAGAUGCAGAUAUAUCUUCGCUCCCCUGCCGACAACACCAUUGUUGCCCCCUACACCGUAACCCUAACCUCCCCCGCCCCCUACAGCGCUGCAUACCCCUGGGAGUGGCAGGCCACAAUCACACCGGAAGGGCUGACUGGACUUGUGCCGGGCAUCUAUGACACGCUGCAUCCCUUUGGAGGCAACACGGUAAACAUCGGAGCCAUUGUUUUCUUCAGCGACCCUGCCGCACUCAAGCCCACAUCCGCCUCCAUUAACAACCAACCUUGCGGCCUCACUGUGUCAACCUAG